GCAUCACUGCUGGGCACUGACUGGCACAACCCCUGGGCACUGACUGGCGGCACUGCUGGGCAGCACUGCUGGGCAGCACUGCUGGGCAGCACUGGUGGGUGGGCACAGGUGGGUGGCACUGGUGGGCACAGGUGGGUGGGCACAGGUGGGUGGCGCUGCUGGGCACAGGUGGGUGGCACUUCUGGGCACAGGUGUGUGACACUGCAGAGUGGCACAGGUGGGUGCACUGCUGGGCACAGGUGGGUGCACUGCUGGGCACAGGUGGGUGAUCUGCUGGGCACAGGUGGGCGGAACUUGCGGGUGGCACUGCUG